CAGGUUUCUACUUCCUGUUCGGCGGUAAAGCGUGUUUGCUGGUUGACGAAGUACAAACGUUUUUGGCGAAAGAAAAAUACUCCAUUAAAUAAUUUGUAGACCUUAUUAACUACCACAGAAAUGAGUUUACCUCUGAACCCGAAGCCGUUCCUGAACGGCCUGACGGGCAAACCAGUGAUGGUGAAGCUGAAGUGGGGUAUGGAGUAUAAGGGCUACCUGGUGUCUGUAGAUGGCUACAUGAACAUGCAGCUGGCCAACACAGAAGAGUUUGUGGACGGAGCGUUGGCGGGUCAUCUUGGUGAAGUGCUUAUCAGGUGCAAUAACGUUUUGUACAUCAGAGGUGUAGAAGAAGAGGAAGAGGACGGAGAGAUGAGGGAGUGAAGUCGGAGAAGAGGACUCGUCCCCGGUCUUCUGUCUGAGUGUGAUUGUACGUUGUAGUUGAGCUGAUGUGUGUUUGUGUUUUCACCAUGUGAAACAGAUGAGUGCUUCGGGUUUCUUUUCUUUUUCUUUUUUUUCAAGCAGUUUUGAAAAUAACUUUUUUUUUUUACUGUAUGCGAGACCAAUUUUAUGUUGUGACGUUGUGAUACAGACACAAUAAAUGAUUCCCCCUCCUUUCUUAAA